AUGACAGAAACUUCUCCGACGAGCUUGAUGUCGAAUCCUAAUAUAUUCCCAAAUUACGAAUACUUCCCUAUACGUCAACAAAAGUCAUCAAUGAUUCCGGAGAUAUCGCGCCUCGAGGUCAACGUGGAGAACUUUUAUGUUUCCGGGUAUCUAUUGCAGAAAGGGUACUACAAAGACAUCAAAAAGACCAAUCAGUCAAUGGUUACAGAUGAAAAAGGCACAGUGUGGAUGCGAACGGGCGACGAGGCUAUGAUUGAUAGUCAGGGGGAGUUUGAAAUUACUGGCCGAAUCAAAGAUAUGAUUAUACGAGGAGGAGAAAAUAUAUACCCUGGCGAAAUUGAAGACCACCUACUUGAGCACCCGGCCGUAUCAGGUGUUUCAGUAGUUGGGCUGAGUGAUCCAGUUAUGGGUCAGGUCGUUGCAGCGUUCCUGCAACAGCGGCUCGAAACACCGCGGCCAUCGGACUCUGAGGUAGCUUUGUGGGUACGACUUCGACUUGGUGCCCACAAAUGUCCUAGUCAGAUUUUCUGGAUGGGAUGCAAAGGACUUCCAGAUGGAUUUCCAAUGACUGAAAGUGGAAAGGUCCAGAAGAACGAGCUGGAAGUGAUAGGGAAUAGAUUGAUUCAAUCAGCUCGCCAGCACCGACUUUGA